AUGGUAAGAUCUUCGUUCGUGGGGUUUAGCCUCGUCAAUGGUGGCGGCGGGAUCUCGUUCGGCAGUGGCGGCAGUGAGUCCAUGGGCUUCACUUUCAGUUCCGGCGCCGGUGGCAUACGGAUCAGAGAUGGAUCCUCCCGUGCUGCCACCAUAGAAGGAACUGGGUUCGGCCUUGCUGGACAGAAUGGGCAGGAGAUGACCAACGGAGACACUCCAACAAUUGGCUACCGAGGGGUUGGAUACAACCCAAAUUUUGCCCAUGCCGACGAAUACCCUCCUAGUCAAGAGCAUGUUCAAAUCCAAAAAGAACCUAUCGAUUUGAAUGUUAUGUCGAACAAGGAGACAAGAACGCACUACCGUACAGAUGAUAAGCGACACAUAUAUUCUGAGAUCCUUGCCCGUAAUGGUGGGGGUAAUAGGUUGAAGCAUGGAGUUUCUAAAGCUGUUGCACUAGCUUGUGAAUGUCCAAGGAGAAUAGUGCAAAGGGUAUGGCAGCAGGCUAAAAAUGGUGGAGGCAUUACAGGGGUAAAAAACAAUCGGAAGCUCAAAUCAGGAAGGAAAAAGAUAAAUUUAAACAUAGAUGCAUUGGAGGCCAUCCCACCUGGAGAGAGAACAACAUUAGAACAAGUUGCUGGACAUCUAAACUUGUCAACUACCACUGUUUGGAGGAGGUUGAGGGGGGCAUGGGAGCCGAAGCCUGCAGAUACAGUGGACAGGGAGAAAAGUCGGGAGUACUUAGUGAAAUACGAAGCUGCUAGGGGUGGUUGGGAUAUUAGGAUGAUAUACCAACCACCUAAUUCUCCUGACACAAACAUAUUAGAUCUUGGUUGGUUUGCCUCAAUUCAAGCAAUGUUCCAUAGAAAGAUGCCCAAGACCCUAGCCGAGAUUGUCCAAAAGGUUAAUCAAUCCCUAGCUGAGUACCCCCAUCAAAGGCUCAAUAGGAUCUGGUUGAGUCAUCAAGCGUGCAUGAGAGAGAUCAUCAAGCACAAGGGGUCUAUCCACUAUGUUGUUCCUCACUUGAAGAAAAAAGCACUAGAGAGAAAAGCUGAUAUUGGGACUAUCUUUGAAAGUUUGUCUUUGAAAGUUUGUGUUUCAAAGUUUGUCUUUGAGUUGAAACAUUAG